CCAACACCCAAUAACACAUAAUGACAUUGUUUCGUUGGAGUAUCUGUCUUCUUGCAAUCCUUGUAUAUGAGGUGACAUGCUUAAAAGUGCAAUAUGAAGGUGAUCAAGUCCUAAAAAUUACACCAAAGACAUCUAACCAAGCUCAGUAUAUGAAGGAAUUAACACAUGAAUGGCUGCUUGACCUUUGGAAGCCAGAAUCGUCUGAGGGAAUUAAUCCAGGAAGAGAGGUCCAUGUCCGGGUCCCGCUUUCUCACGUUCAGCUGAUGAAAGAAAAGCUUCAGGAGCAACAAAUUCCAUUUAAGAUCAUGAUUAAUGAUGUCCAAAAGCUUAUUAGUUAUGCAACAACUAAGCAUCUGCAGAGGAUAUCAUUGGAAACCUAUGAUUAUACCAUUUAUCAUCCUAUGAACGAGAUUUAUCACUGGAUGGAAGAAAUUAACGAGAAACACAGCGAUCUUGUAACAAAACGUUAUUUAGGGCAUACAUAUGAACACAGGCCAAUCUACUACUUCAAAGUUGGAUGGCCAUCAGACAAGAAAAAGAAAGUUAUUUUAAUGGAUUGUGGAUUUCAUGCCCGGGAGUGGGUUUCUGUAGCUUUUUGUCAAUGGUUUGUCAAAGAGAUACUUGCGACUCACAAGGAUGACCCUGUGCUUACUAAUGUCCUCAAGCAAGUUGACUUGUACAUUAUACCUAUUCUAAAUAUUGAUGGCUAUAUCUAUACUUGGACAAAGGAGCGGUUGUGGAGGAAAAACCGAGCAAUAUACAAUGAGACAUGCACCGGUGUGGAUCUGAACAGGAACUUUGAUGCUCAUUGGUGCACUAUUGGUGCAUCCCGUGACUGCUCAAGUAAUACAUUUUGUGGUUCAGAGCCAGCUUCAGAACCAGAGACCAAAGCAAUGGUCAGUCUUGUUGAAAAAAUUAAAUCUGAUAUUUUGGGCUAUCUCACAUUUCACUCCUAUGGGCAGAUGAUCCUCCUUCCAUAUGGUUACACAACAACCCCUUCUAAAGACCAUGAUGCAAUGAUGGAGGCUGCAUCAAGGGCAGUUUCUAAAAUGAAGGAAAAACAUAACAACGAAUAUGCAGUAGGAUCUUCAUGUCUUGUAAUCAAUUAUUUCGAUUCUGGAUCCUCUGGAGACUGGGCCACAGAGAUUGGAAUAAAGUAUUCAUACACAUUUGAAUUAAGAGACAAUGGCACCUAUGGCUUUCAGCUGCCAGAGGAACAGAUAAAGCCUACGUGUGAAGAGACAACAACUGCCGUGAUGACAAUGUUUGAGUAUUUCAAUGAAAAAUAUUUGGAAAACAGUGCUGUAUCCGUCACAAGCAUGAAGCUUAAUGUGCUUCUCUCAUGUAUUCUUUGCAUGUAUUAUGUACUAACUCAUUAAUGGUGAAGUGUCUUUGUUCUUUCUAUGUAUAACAUGCUGUCAUUAUUUAAUUUCAUUCUUAUCACUAAAACAAAACAAUUAAAGCAUUAUCUUAAAUACUACGAAUGCAAA